UUUAUUACCGCUGACGUCCCUCUGCCUCCCUCUUUCUCUUGUCAAUGUGGCUUCUGAAGGGGUUAUCCCCUUUUUCCUCCGUCUUCUUGGUAGAAAAGCAAAUGUAAUGUUUCCGGGGAGCCGCUGCUGCUGCUCACCCGGGUGACCUUUCAUUUACCGAAAAAGCUGUUGGAGCCAAACCGAAUGAGAGGAGCUAAGGGGCGGACUGGACCGAGAGGAAGAACCGGAGACUUGACUGGGAGGCUGCACAUCCGCCGCUGUCUUUAAUCCAACCGCAAUUUGCCAUUGAUUUCUUUUCCAAGGCUCCGGACACCUUUCGGUGUUUGAAAUGUCGUGUAAGACGGUUCCUGGUUGUGUUUCCGUGACAGUUUUUUCGUGGGAGCCACCUUUUUGACGUUUGUCACCCUGAAAAAUCACAUUAGCUAGCUUAGGGGAAAACUCCCCCUUUUUUCCUCAACUCGACCCGCGGUGGUCGCUCAGAGCCCGCGGCUGUUUUUCCUUUUAUUUCCUACCCUCAUCACUUGCUUCAAUGGUUGAGUUUCCUUUCCUUUCUCACCACAUGACCGAUGCAACUGAAAGUAAACUGAUGACCACCGGGUUUUUUUUAUUAUCGAGCCAACCCGUGUGAACCGACAUGGUACGAUAGCGUCUGCGAAGGAUUGGGGGAAAGUGAGAAGCUAGGUGGGGGGUUCAGUCUGGGUUGUUUUUCUUUUUUCUCUGUCGUUGUUUUUCUUCAGAUGAGCCUGGGUUGGUACCAACAACACCAGACAGACAUGAGGUGGAUGUAGUUUGUUUUUUUUAUGCAUCAAUUUAAGCUGGAUCACUGUCUUGGUGAUCUGUGCUGCCUUCACGGACUGUGACAAUGAGGAUUGUAUGAGAAGAGAGUCUGUUUUUUCUGGUCUGAUUGACCGCCAGGCUAAUCUGGGGUGUUCUUUUUAAACCCAGUGUGAACACGAACCUACAGCCUACUUAUUUAUUUUUCUGGUGGACGACGAAGCGCACUCAGGGACGAACAUGUCUUUACGCACGGCACUGCCUGGGAACGAGCGGAACCCGGACCAUCAUACCUCCCUGUCAGCCAGCCGCUCAGAGAAGGGUACCGGCUGGUCGAGCCGCUCGCUUGGUGCCCGAUGUCGUAACUCCAUCGCCUUGUGUUCAGAUGAGCAGCCACACAUUGGAAACUAUCGGCUGCUCAAAACCAUCGGCAAGGGGAACUUUGCCAAGGUCAAACUAGCACGACACAUACUGACUGGCAGAGAGGUUGCAAUAAAGAUCAUCGAUAAAACGCAACUCAACCCAACCAGUCUACAGAAGCUGUUUCGAGAGGUACGCAUCAUGAAAACUCUCAACCAUCCUAACAUAGUGAAGUUGUUUGAGGUGAUUGAGACUGACAAGACUCUUUACCUGGUCAUGGAGUACGCCAGCGGAGGCGAAGUGUUCGACUACCUCGUGGCUCACGGCAGAAUGAAGGAGAAAGAGGCCAGAGCCAAGUUCAGACAGAUUGUCUCGGCAGUGCACUACUGUCAUCUGAAGAACAUUGUUCACAGAGACUUGAAGGCGGAGAACUUGCUACUAGAUGCCGACUCCAACAUCAAAAUAGCUGACUUUGGCUUCAGCAACGAGUUCACUGCGGGCAGUAAACUGGACACGUUCUGCGGCUCUCCGCCAUAUGCCGCCCCAGAGCUCUUCCAGGGGAAGAAGUACGACGGUCCAGAGGUGGACAUCUGGAGCCUGGGCGUCAUCUUAUACACACUGGUCAGUGGGUCCUUACCCUUUGACGGACAGAACCUAAAGGAGCUGCGGGAGCGUGUUUUGAGGGGGAAAUAUCGUGUCCCCUUCUACAUGUCGACAGACUGCGAGGCAAUCCUGCGCCGCUUCCUGGUCCUCAACCCUUCCAAGCGCUGCUCGCUGGAGCAAAUAAUGAGAGAUAAGUGGAUUAAUGUUGGCUAUGAUAGUGAUGAGCUGAAGCCCCACAUAGAGCCUGAGGAGGACUUUAACAACACAAGCCGCAUUGAUGUGAUGGUUGGGAUGGGCUUUACCAGAGAUGAGAUCAGAGAUUCGCUGUCUAGUCAUAAGUACAAUGAGGUCACCGCCACGUACCUGCUGCUGGGACGCAACAAUGAGACGGAAGGCAGUGAGUCUCGGUCGGGCAGCAGUCUAAGUCUAGCUCGAGUCCGACCCAGCGCCAUCACCAACGGAACCAGCAAACACACCACGUCAUCUUCUGGGGCAACUUCUUCCUCCUCUGGCCACAAGGCACAGCGCAGCGCCUCCACUUACCACCGCCAAAGAAGACACUCUGACUUCUGUGGUCCAGCCGUUCCAGGGUCGACACAUCCGAAGCGGAGUCCCAGUGGAGUAGGCGAAGGCGCAGGGCUUAAGGAGGAGCGGCUGUCAAGCCGCAAGCCGAGUACUAGUACUGUUGGCUCCCGUAGCAUCCCAACCCCUUCCAGUCCCAUGGUUAGCUCCGCUCACAACCCAAAUAAGGCUGAGAUACCCGACCGGCGCAAGGAAGUUAAUGCAACUACAAAUAACAUCCCUGCCAGUGCCAUGACUCGAAGAAACACGUAUGUCUGUACAGACCGAUCCAGCACUGAUAGACACACACUGCUGCAAAAUGGCAAGGAAAACAGUUCCAUAUCCCACCGCCUGCCCCCCGCCUCCCCCUCAACCCAUAGCAUUGCCGGUGCCUCUGGGGUCUCCUCCUCGUCCUCGACGCCCUCCUCUCGCCUCUCAAGGGGAUCCACGGUGAGGAGCACCUUCCAUGGAGGGCAGAUCAGAGACCGACGCCCUCCCUCCCAUGCUCCCCCAGCCUCCCCGACGCCGUCCCAUGACGCCAGCCCGCUGCCCCACGCCAGGACCCGGGCCACAACCAACCUGCUAAGCAAACUCACCUCCAAGUUGACCCGCAGGGUCACUCUUGACCCUUCUAAACGUCAGAGCUCAAACAAGUCCAUGUCGGGCUGCACCCUCCCACAGGGGACAAAAACAGUUAACGAACCUGAGAGAAUCAGCAGAUCUCCGGUCACAAGUCGCCAUCUAUCUGGGCAUCAGAAAGCGGCCGAGCCCCGGACCCCCCGAUGCGGCUGGGAUGUGAGGGUGCGGAGCCCCCGAGACCCGGCUGAGGUGGUGCUAGCGUUGCGUGAGGCAGCGCAAGGCUGCGGCUGCCAGGUCCACCUGGCCGGGCCUUUCCUCCUGUCCUGCACCCACGGAGCAGCCGGCGCCCGCGUGGCCUUUGAGGCCGAGGUCUGCCAGCUGCCCAGCGGGCUGGGCCAGAGCAGCGGUGUAAGGUUCAAGCGUCUGUGGGGGGCGCCGUUAGCCUUUAGAGACAUCGCCACCAAAGUGUCCAAGGAGCUGGAGCUCUGAGGGCGACUGGAGGCGGGGCAGAUUGAUAACAGACAGGACAGGUUGAUGAAUUAGAAGGGAUGAGGAGGAGGAGAAGGAAAAAACCAUCACCUCCUCCUCUUCCUCCCUGGGCUCCACCUCAUCCGAUGCGGCUAGCGAUGCCUCGCCUCCCCCACGGACCCUCCUCUUCUGAUGCCACCAAUCACAGCCAGACAAACGGAUGCACAGACAUGCAUAGACCGCCAUCGGCAGACUUACGAUGACCCUUGACCUUGGAGCUGUCAGUGACCUACAACCCCUGCUUGAAACACGCCACCACCUCCAUAUUAUACAAGCCCAUGGAGUCAGGUUUUUUUUUUUUUUUUUUUGUGGUCAUGUUUGAUGAUGAUGAGGAUGGUGUUGCUGAGAAUGAUGGCGGUUGCUAAACUGUUGUUGACAUUGUUAUUCCUAUUGUAUCAUAUUUGUUGUCGACAUUCCUUUUUAAAGAGCUGCUAUUUAAAGAAAUGUUUUUAAUUUUUGUGUAUUAAGUUUAUUUUCUUUCUUUAAUGCUUUUAAGAUGGGCAGAAAUUUGACAUCUGUUGUCAUUUCUCAGAAGCAGACGUCACAUAUUUCAGAAGUGAGGUUGCAGUCCGACCUCCGGCCUCUAGAGGGAGACAUGCAGAAAUGCAGAGACUUGUGACAGACUGAGUGAAGCAUCACAGCCUUUCUUCCCAUCCAUUGAUAACACCCAUUCAUUGUUCAGUUGGGAUUUUAAUGUUUGUUUGUACCUUUUCUGGUAAAAUGUUUCUCUGCCUGCUGUCAUUAUCUCCACUGUGUACUGACAACAGGCAGGUGAGCUGCUUACAGAGGAGCAAAGCUGCCUAAUAAUACAGGUCCUGGCCAAUAACCUGAUCAUUUGAGCAUGCUCUGCUCCUUACAUAUACUCUACUUCGCCCACUGUUUGUCACUUAAAAGUUGCUUUUAAAGUGCAAAGUAGAGAUUAUUUCUACGAAAAAAUUGAUCCCCAUGAGGAACUGUGGUUUGAUUGAGUUCUUAUUACACAACAGGAUGUCUCAGCUCGCCCUGUACUUACUUUACAGGAGUUCUUGAUUUGAAGUUGAGUGUGCGCAGGCAUAAAAAACAAGCUGCUUUACAUUUAUUUUACAUGAGAGGCCUCCACUGAGCAGGUUUAGUCUAUACACAUUAGAAAGCUGGCUUAGUCAGCCAAUCGGAAUGCAUUAUUCUGACACCAGUGUGCGCUAAUUUAACCCCCCACGCAUAUUGUAAGCUUUCACUGAGUGCUCAGACAACUGAAAGAAUAAAAUCUGUAUCAAAAAUGGUUAAAUAUUUGAUUAUAAAAAGUUCAUCAAAUCAGAUGUUGUACUGAUUACAGGCCAAGUAGCAUCGCUUUCUGGUGCCAUGCCAUUGUCCUGAUGUCCCAAAAUUCUGAAGCCCCAUGAGUCGAAAAAUGUCCCAUUUGAUCGAAAGCCCAUUUCUCCAACAGCCCAUUAUCCCAAAACCAAAUGACCAUUGCUCUAAAAUCCAAUUUCUCCGAAAAUACACACUUUCUGCAGUUAGUUUCAGUUUAGCAGCGUUUGAGCCACCCACUCCUGACGUUUUUACUGACGCUUCACAGCGUUUCCCAGGGGCACUUGAGCCACUGAGCCUGGGUAUUUUUCAGCAACCCAUCCCUGAUUUUCUAGAAGUUUCGUGCCACCAAACAUGGGUGUUUUAAGCCAAAACAUGAUCUUUUCCUAACAAUAGCUGUUGGUUAACCACAUGUUAACCACAACAUUGUUGAAAAAAUGUUAAGUUCCAACGUGUCCACUGCACAAUAAUGUACAAAUGUAACAUAUGUGGUUUACAGAAAUGUCAAUGGCCAACAUUUCCUCUUGCGACAAGGUUGUCUAACUGCAGAGUAUGCAUUUGUGGAGAAUCGGGUGUUUGUAGCAAAGGAGCUUUUGUUUUUGGGAUAACGGGCUGUUGGAGAAAUGGGCUCUCAGUCCAGUGGGACAUUUUUCAGACUUGGGGGCUUAGGAAUUUUGGGCCAUCAGAACAAUGGACUGUCCCCAGAUUUUUACUGUGAGGAUCACAGUUUUUAUCUAAUGUGAUGGAAAGUCAACACAGUAUGAUACACUCCUUUCCCCACGAGGCCAAUACAGACAUGAGGCUCAAACGUUUUUUCUUGUUGGAUGUCCAACAGUUGGAAGUUAAGCAGCCACAGAUUUGAACCCAGUAAAGGCAGUGCAUUUCUUGUAAGCUGACUUUCAAGCUUUUUCAGUAUUUUUUUCAAUGAUCUCUUCAUCUAAAAACACAUGACCACAGUAGCUUAUACUGGUUUAGAGUAAAUGGAGGAGAUGGUUUUUACUGGUAGCACUUAAAAAUACCACAGUCUGUUUGAACACCACCGCCAUCACUUUCCUCAAAUGUAGUGCAAUAUAGCCACAAAGCCAAGAAUCUAGACUUGAAGCAUCGACUCAACAGGGCUCCUUGUUUGGUUUAUUUUUAAGUUUUUUUGUAUUGCUGAUAUGUUUUUAAAAUUCAUUAAGCACUUUUUUUUUUUUUUUUUUUUUGCUUUUUAGCCACAACUUCAUCGUACUGUACCGGCAAAGUUGUAAAUUAAAGUGGAAAUAGACAUGUUUUUUGCUUAUGAAGUAAAUGGUUGCACAGUGUCAUGGCUGUACAAUAAUGAUUGUAUUGUAUAAGCAUUUUGAUUGGUUCCGGUUCCCUAUACGCCUCACUUUUACCAUAUAAUUCUGUCUGCCAGUGGGUACGAUCUCCCGGGAAAAUGACAGCUCAAUUUACAGCACGAAGGAAGUGCAUUAAGCAAAACAGGAAGAGGAUAGCGCUUUUGUUACCAAAGAGUAAGAGUAAGUUCUCUGCAGUUACUAUCCCCAGUGGUAGAAAUGGCGGACAUUGGAACAACCAAAGUAAAUGUGGAAACUGGUAUUUGCUGAGCUCUGAAGGAAAUAGAAAGAAGAACUGUUGUCUUUGUGACAUUGAUGCCAUCAAUAAUACCACUUGGAAAUGAUAGAGGGUUAAAAGUUAAAAAGUUGUCCGUUUCCACUUUAAGUUGUAUUGUUCCUUUGUAAAUUGUUUUUUAAAAAAAAAAAUCACACUGUCCAGCCCACUGAAGUAAAAAAUUGACAUUCUCAAUGGCCCUCCUUCCUGAGCUUACAUGUACCUCCUAAUAAAAAAAACUACGGUACAGUUAUCCAAAAUGGCGACCUGUCUCCAUGAAGUUUUCUCAGGUUUAAAGCUACAGCAGUUAACUUUUUGAAAAAUACUUUUUUGUCACUUUACUGAAACUGUAGCUGUAUCCUGUCAGUAGUAAAUGAGAAAUAUUAUCUGUUGAAAGGAAAACAAAAAGUUCAUGUUCGUCUAGCUCCUCAUAGUGCUCCUGUGGUCGGAGGGUAAGGAGCUCCCAGACCUCCAUUGUGUUCCCAGUUUGCAUACAUUUUCAGCUGCUGUUCUUCUUUGGGUUAGCUACUUUCUCCUGUGGUGAGUCCCACACUUAAAACGUCAUCAAAACCCCACACCUGUGCCAUCCAUGAUCCCUUCCUGUCAGCUUUGUUCAUACAGACCUCGCUCUGGUGCGGUUAGUACCUGUGAUGCCAGCUUAAAGGCGAGACAACUCUGUCCCUCCAUUUUGUGACUGUACCUUGAACGGCGUAACGGCACAGCAUAACAACAUGAAAUUCUGGCCUUGAAGAGACAGUUUAUAUGGGCCUUGAGAGAGCAUGUGUGGUGGAGAGGGCUGUAGAGCAUAACUCCCCCUGGCUCUGAUUGGUUGUUUUUGUUCAGGCAUGGUGUAUUCUUGCAAAUCAUAUUAGGAACACCAGGAGGAGCCAGAGGAACCUGAUUUUUUUUUUCUCCACAGAUUAUCUGUCCCAUGUACUACUUGAGUUGUAGCAAAUAUGACAAAAACUUGUUUUGUGAAAUGAUCUACUGUAGUUUUAACAGUUUUCUUUCCUCCAAUAUUACAUGUAUUCUAAGUUCUUGACCUCAGCAACACUUUUGAUCUAUAGAGACAGUAAACUUUUCCCUAUGUCAACCAAUCAGGCUGCAGCACUGUAGAGACGUGUAUGACUGUUGACCAAUCAGAUUAUAGUAUUACUGUCAGCGGUGUAUGACUGUUACAACGUGAUGAGGCGGCAGUUUAAGAUGAAUGACCUUUGAGAAAUUCUUCAUCUAUAAAAUCACUUUGCUGCUCAUUACAGAACAAAGUGACCAAGAUUCAACAAAAACGCACACACUGAGCGCUCCAUUGAUUAUGUGAAGAUACUGACGACUCCAAAAUCAAAAGGUUGUUGUACUUGUAUUGUAACUCUAUAAAGCCAAGCAAUUAUAACUUGUACUUCUAAAGUAUGCAGCAACUUAAAAAACACUGAUAUGUAAAAGAAAAGAUAGAUUUCUGAUCUUUACGGCUGUAAGGUCUGCAGAAAUGUAUCUGUUUAAUGGGAGAUUUCAGCCGCAGCAGGUAUCCACCACUGUCUGAAAAUGUGAAGCUGUGAUUUAGGGCUAGUUUUGCAAUUUUCUUUUUGUGUACAACUGGGCCUCGCUCUCUGAACCUGUUCUGUAGAUACAGUUAGGGCCACGCUUUAAGGCUACAGUUCUGUUGUAUAGUGUGUUUGAAGCUGUUGCUGUUAUCAAGAAAACUUAAGUUAUGGGCUAAAAUUACGGAAAUGAUCGACCUGCAAUCCUGCAUGUCUCCUAGGAAAUAAUGUGUGACACAAAAAUAAAGACUUUCAACCUCUUUCAUAUUUUAUGUCUCUUAUUUUCAUCAGGUAUAGAUUUAAUGUGUCUGAUGUGGAAUCCCACCAGUUUCUGUGUGUUAUAGAUGAAUUGCUGUAUGAUGUGUGUGAGUGUGUGUGUGUGUCCAGUGAACACUAAAAUUAAGUUUUUUAGAUUUUGUUAACUUGUGUCCAUAUUCAAAUGCACUGUCAUUUCGUGUGAGUGCAUAUCAGUGGUAAUCUGUUAUGAAUGGUUGCAAAAUCCAUGUGUUUAAAGAAAACAUGAGAGAAACGGUUUGAUUGUUACAUGGGGCAUAGUUUAAUUGUCCAGUUAUAAUUUACAACCAAAAAAAAUUUUUAUUUCGGUGCGUAUACAUAGCCAUGACCAGACUAUGCAUGGAUUGAUCCCAGGAUGUUACAAAGAAGAUGGGGAAAGAUGUUUAAAGUGACAGGUAAUUGGAAACCAAAGAAGAAGCAGGAAAGGAAAAGAUGAGUUAGCAGAAGUAAGAAAGAAAGGAAGUAGUAGAGAGAAAAGUGGAGUGUCUUCUUGAUGGAAAGAAGUAAGCAGGAAGUAGCCAGUUGGCCGAAACCAGUAAAAUAACUUUACAACAAGGCUACUCGUUCAUUUUUUAUAAUGUAAAAAAAAAAACAAA